AUGGCCUUCUCCGAACUUCUACAAUAUGUGGGAAAUUUUGGAAGAUUCCAAAUUAUAAUGAGCAUUAUGAUCGUAUCAGCCAUUACCUUUAUAACUACUUGCAACCUAGUGGAGAACUUUACAGCUGCCAUCCCUGCUCACCGCUGCUACGUCCAUCUCCUGGACAAUGUCACAUCUGACAUCAAACUGACCAUGAACCUAACAGCUGAGGCUCUCCUGAGAAUUUCCAUCCCCAUGGGUGCAAACCAAAAGCAGGACCAAUGCCGUCGAUUUCGUCAAACCCAAUGGCAACUUCUAAACUCCAGCAACUUGACUAUAAAUAACACUGAGCUGGAGACAGAACCAUGCCUGGAUGGUUGGAUCUAUGACCAAAGCGUUUUCACUUCUACGAUAGUAACUCAGUGGGAUUUAGUUUGUGAUUCACAGUCACUUAAACCAUUGUCACAGUUCCUAUUCAUAGUAGGAUACAUAAUUGGAUCACCUACAGGUGGCUACUUUGCUGACAAAUUUGGCCGGAAACCCAUAUUGUUGGCUGCUUCUCUGUUGUUUGGACUCCUGGGCAUUUGUUCAGUUUUUGCCCCAACUUUCCCAGUUUACUGUACGCUAAGAUUCCUUAUGUCAAUAUCCCUGGCAACAAUAUACAGCAAUUCCUUUGUGAUCCUUAUAGAAUGGAUUCCAACUGAAGCCAGACCUAUGAUGAUGACAGUGGCGGCUCUAUGUUUGAGUACUGGCCAGGUGUUACUGGCUGGUCUGGCUUAUGUCUUCCGAGACUGGCACCUGCUCCAGUUUUCCAUUUGUGUGCCCUAUGUCCUCUUCUUCCUGUUCCUGUGGACAUCAGUGGAGUCUGCCCGUUGGCUGAUUAUAUCUGGCAAGUUGGAAAAAGCAUUGAAGGAAAUGAAGAAAAUAGCCUACUUAAAUGGAAAAAAAGAUGUUGGAAAAAAUCUGCAAAUUGAGAGACAGAAUAGAAACACCCUGCCCAUUGCCAGUGCCAACAAGGAACAGUUCAUCACAAGAUCUAGGUAUUUUAACAUCGGAUGCUCCUGUGCAGCGGGAGCUAGAGCCCACCUGACCGACAGCAGUUGGAGCUAUGUUUUGCAAUCUGUGAUGAGAGAGGAACUUGCUUCUCUCAAACAUAACUCCACAAAGAUAAGCAUCAUGACCAAUCCCAUCAUGCUCAAGACAACUUUUUGCCUGUGUUUCCUGAGAUUUUCUGCCGUUUUCUUCCUGUAUGGUCUGCUGCUUGAUUUACAAAACCUGGGGAGUAAUAUGUUUCUGUCUCUGGCUCUGCUAGGAGCCGUGGACUAUCCAACCAAAUUUCUUUCCUUUUUUGUAAUGAGAUUCCUCAAACGGCGACCCUCAGUAGCUUUCACCCUUUUCACAGCUGGAUGUUCUACUUUAGUCAAUGUAUUUGUUCCCAAAGACAUACCUUUUUUGCGCCUUGGAAGUGCUAUCUUUGGAAAAGGACUCAUAGCGAUCUUCUUCAGCAUGAGUACAAACUACUUUCAUGAACUCGUACCCACAGGGGUCAGGUCCACAGUUCAGGGUCUAAUUACACUUUGUAAUGGACUGGCUGCAGCACUCACCUCUCUAAUAUUGAUCACCAGACAAUAUUUUGAAUACUUGCCAAUGAUUCUAUGUGGCAUUUUCCCCAUUGUGGCUUCUUUUUCUGUCUACUCCCUACCAGAGACGUUGAAUCUUCCACUCCCAGACACUAUGGAUGAUAUGAAAAGAAGAUACAAAAACUAUAAGAAAGCAAGUACCAAAGAAGAAGAGACCAGUGACUGCCUAGACACCACGGAGUGCUGA